AUGCAUUACCCUCUACACAUAACGGUGCUUUUCACGACGCUCUGGAUCCUUCGGGAUGACGCGUAUGCCGUAAAAACCGGAUUCAAUGCUGAGGUGCUGACGUCGUUCGCGAAGAACGUGGCGUCGAUCCUAUCAUCGACCUUGUUGGGCGAGUAUCAGGACCAAUCUGCGAACCAAUUAUCGUCGACUCUCCUGAAAAAAAUUCAGGAUGACCCGCCCUUGCUCAACACCGAGAACCUCAACGAUCCCAGUUCGGAAUCAUCGAAAUCUUCGAGUCGCCAGCUGCGGCACGCACGUUCAUCAAAGGAAGUAAGAGGGGCAUUCCAAGACGGUUAUGUAAUGCCGCACCCGUCAGGACACUCGAAAUAUUAUAAUGCGGAGUCGCACGAAUACGCGGUGAAUCCCGGUGCCAGGAUUUCGAACGAAGGGAAAUCGGCGAAGAACGUCAACGUGGACACCAAAGGAAAUUCCAUCGACGCCGACAUCAACGCAGCUUCCGUUUAUUAUUCCAAUCGCCACGAGCAUUCUCCUAGACUCAGAAUCACGAAUCCUGUACAUCCAUCGGUGAAUUCGAACCCUUACGGACAUCCCGCGUUUCAACCUCGUUAUCAUCAUUCGACGCCUCAGAGCAUCGAAGGCUCUGCGAGCGUGGACGGGAACGCUCAAGCAGCUAGAAUAACUCGGAGACCGUUCAAUCUGAAUUACCACGCUUAUGUUCAUCCUCAACACACGUUCGAUAGAGACCCAGGAUUCUAUCCGUAUGGGAGACCGAUCGAAGGGAACGGUCAACCUUCACCAUCAGCCAGUGGACAGGAUGAAAGUAACCCAUCUAGGCUGAUCGACGACCAGAAUCAAGGCCAGACGGCGUUAGGAGGAUACGACUACAGUCCACACUUCCACUACAAGCCACCUUACUAUGGUGGUUUCUAUCAUGGCUUCCCUGCUUUUCCGUUCGACCACCGCAACGCUUCCUUCGAUCACGGAAACGGCGAACAUCCAGGAGGUAAUGCCACGGGCGGUUUUGUACCGUACGGUCCGCCAAUUUUUCCCGAUUACAAAUUUAAUCCAUAUUUUCCUUAUCAUUCGACAUUUCCACCGUAUUUCAACGGACACAGAAGACCAGCUGAUCCACAAAAUCCUCCAGAUAAUGCGGAGAAUGGAGAGCAGAGUGUGUCUGCGGAGAAUGGACAGACUGAUGCGAAUGGGACCAUGGGACAUCGUCCUCCCUACGGAUUUGUACCGUAUGGUCCUUUCUAUGGGGACUUUUAUCUGCCAAAAUAUCCUCUGACGUUUCACGGUUAUCCCUAUCAUUUCCAUCAUGGCUUCCACAAUUUCCCUCCGUAUUUUAAACCUGGGCCUUACGUUCACUUUCCUUUGUUUCAUUCGUACCCGUACUUUGCUCCGUACUUUCGUCCUCAUUUUAAUGGCCGGGGACAUAUGAUGGCGGAUAAACCUAUGCAGGAUGCGAAGAUGACUGACAAUGCUGAAUCGCCACCUACGAACGAUCAGGCGGAAAUGAUAUCCGAGAGCAAAGCCGAUAUAGUUCGAUACGAGAAGUCUGCUUCGUCUUGGCCUUUCGGCAAAGACAUUAAGAAGAUAUCUGAUCGAGUUCAACUAGAAGAAACGUCUUAAUAUAGCGAUAUGAAUAAAAUUAGCGACUUGUAUUAGUUUUUGUAUUUAUUGUGGGAGAUUC